UGGACGGAUCAGGAAGUGGGCUGAGUGAGUCGGAGAAGCUCGAAUCCCGAAGUCUGAGCUCCAACGAUUGCGGCCGUCUCCAUUCGCCCCCCUCCGCACAAAUUCCGCCACUUGUAACAUUCGGCGUACAUGCUGGGCGGCCUCCCGCUCGCUCGAGGUAGCCACUUUUGUCCGGAUUCGACCGUUUUGCAGCGCCAGAUAUGGCUUCUCUGACUCAGAGAACCUCGGGCCUCGUCCAGCGGCGGACCGAGGCCACCCGUAGCGCCGCCGCCGACAAGGAGAGGGAACCCGACGGGGAGGAGGAGGACGCGCGACGCGGCGAGGAGGACGAGGACGACAAGGGGGACUCGAAGGAGACCCGACUGACGCUCAUGGAGGAGGUUCUGCUCCUGGGCCUCAAGGACCGAGAGGGCUACACGUCCUUCUGGAACGACUGCAUUUCGUCCGGCCUCCGAGGCUGCAUGCUGAUCGAGCUGGCUCUCCGGGGGAGGCUACAGCUGGAGGCCUGCGGCAUGAGGAGGAAAAGUCUGCUCUCGAGAAAGGUGAUUUGCAAGUCCGACGGGCCAACCGGAGAUAUGCUUCUGGACGAGGCCUUGAAGCACAUUAAGGAGACGCAGCCUCCCGAGACUGUGCAAAGCUGGGUAGAGCUGCUGAGCGGAGAGACCUGGAGUCCCUUCAAGCUGCACUACCAGCUGAGGAACGUCCGGGAACGUCUGGCCAAAAACCUGGUUGAGAAAGGUGUCCUCACCACAGAGAAACAGAACUUUCUGCUUUUCGACAUGACCACGCAUCCGCUCACCAACAGCACCAUCAAACAGAGGCUGGUGAAGAAGGUCCAGGACUCUGUUCUGGAGAAGUGGGUGAACGACCCUCACCGCAUGGACAAGCGCGUGCUGUCUCUGAUUCUGCUGGCGCACUCGUCGGACGUGCUGGAGAACGCCUUCGCGCCUCUCCAGGACGAGCAGUACGACCUGGGCAUGAAGAGGGUGCAUACGCUCCUGGAGCUGGAGCCCGAGAAGGAGAGCGCCAAGCCCGGCGCCAAUGAACUCAUGUGGGCUGUGGUGGCCGCCUUCACCAAAUGAGGAGGAAAAACACAUAUUUUUGUUUUUCAGUUUAUUUUUGUUUUGUUUUGUUUUUUAAGCGAGCGAUGCAGUUGGACCCUGAUUCGUUAUUGGAGGACUUCAAAUGAGACUUUAAAGAGACAAUCUAAUUCAGGUCAGGGGGGAGCCAUUUUGUGCGGUCCACGUUGUUGUUAGUAUCCCAGUGCAAACCCCGUUGGUGGUGGGCUUCACCUGGUUCAGGUUAGGGUCAGAUUGGGAACUGAAGGGGACACUACAGGACACACAGAAGGAGAAAAUGGCUGCUGUCGCCAUGGUGACUCAAUGAAGGAAGCUUCAUCUUCCUGAUCCCGUGCAGAACAUUCAGCCAAUCAGGAGGCGGACGACUACAGAUAACCGUUUGAGCAUAUCGUCCAUAUGCUUGUUAUCCAGCUGAAGGUCCAUGUAUGUGUACGCUCUUUGUUCUCACAAGUAACAUAAUUCAGUGCACCACAACUAGGGAUCUUGGAAUUGCAUUGAAAUGAGUUGAGGAGCUUCAUUUGGACAAAAGUAGUGCUUUGCCACCAUUUUGUGGCAUCUAUAGACAAUUCUAAACCUUUUGGAGGGGGUCAGUGACGAAUAGUGGGGGAACACUGUACUGCCUUCCGCUACUGUAUGACGUUUGAGCACUUUGGGAUACUAGUAGGACUGUUAUUAGUGAGGCAAAGCUAGUGGGCAUUUUGGUAUUGUUAGUAGGGUCUAGGACAUGCCAACUAGUUGACCCUCGUAGUGUUACCACUAGUGCAACAAAGUAGUUUUCAACUAAGGUUUAGUUGCGUACCAGUAAGCCAAAAGUGGCACUUGUAGUGGAAAAAACGUUUCUAGUAAGACACAAUCGUUCUACUAGUGCACUGAAUUGUCUUACUCGUGAGGUCAAAAAGCGUACUAGUGCAUGGAUCUUAUGCUGGAUAUCAAGGAUCUCGAAUAAACAUAUAUUCAAAUGCUUAAAAGCUGUUUGAGCAUUUAUUCAAUAUCCAUGCUAUCCAGCUUAUGGUUGUACUUGGUGGCCAAAAGUGGCAACCGUAGGGGAAAAUACUUUACUUGUAAAACACAGUCACUCUAUUAGUGCACUCUCGUCGUUCAACUAGUGCCCUGAAUUGUUUUACUCGUGAGAAUAAAGAGCGCACUAGUACAUAGACCUUGGACCUCGAAAAAAUGCUCAAACGGCUGCCCAUAGAUGACCUUUCCCAUGAUGCCGCUCCCUGGUGGUGGUGUUUAUUGUAUAAUUUUUUUUCAUUUCAAUUUUCCCUUCACGGCAUCUUGAGAUACACAAUUGGGCGUCCACUUCUGCAUCUCGUAGUUUGCCAUUCAUCAAGUGUUUUUGCGCAGCUCCGUAGGUAGUCCGUGAAAGGGAGUGUUCACCCCCUCGAAGAUAUAGAAAAAAAAUAUUGAAAUAUUUUAUCUUCAGCUACAGACGACGAGUAAGUCAUUCCACAGAGUGGUGAGGGUCAGCCCGAUCUCGCUCUCUUUAAAAGCUAUUUACUUUCUUUGACGCAUUCGUAUAAGCGGCUGUGAACGCGCGUGCCUCGCUGUGAUGUUUGUUUAGUCGAGGUAGUCUGCCUUUUUUUCACGUGCUAACCGCUUCGAGGUGAUAAAACGGAACCUCCAAAGUCCAACACAACGCAGCACCUCCUCCCCAUAUAAAAUGAAAUCAACCAACAAUGUUACAGGUGGAUCUCAAUAAAUUUGAAUAUAUUGGAAUAGUUCAUUUAUUUCAGUAGUUCAAUUCAAAAAGUUACUCGUUCAUUAAACAGAAAGUUUUUUUUUUUUUUUAGUUCUAAUUUCCUAACAAAAAUAAACGAUUUCAUAUUGUUUCAUGAUUCUGUAUAAUACAGUAUUCCAUAAGGUCCGAGCCCAGUCGCGAAUAGCAAAAAAAAAAAAAAAAAAACGCAAGUAAUUUACACUAUAAUUGCCUAUAGAUGCCAUAAGAUGCGCCAAAGCACUACAUUUCUAUUAGAGAGGGCUUUGGCUCUAUCUUGGGGGAUCUUUUAAAAUCAGUUUAUCUAAUUAUUAUUAUUUUGUAAAUAACUGGGCAAAGAAAAUUCCCCAGAAAAUCCGCAAAUAGGCAAAUUCACGAGUAGCAAAUCGUGAGUCGGAAUGGGAACACUAUCAGAGUUUUACUAUUUCAAUUAACCCACUAAAAUAUUUUCUAUGGUCUAAUUUAUAUCAAUGAAACCUGUAUUGUUGAACACAAAACAAAAGUGCAUGUUACAGCUAGCAUGAGAAGCUAACAUAGCAACUAGCUAGCCCACAUUUUUACUCCAAGCAGACUGACUCGAAUGCCCGACAGUAGUUGCAGGAGAUCUAGUUUGAAGCUUUUUGUUGGCAAAAAGAAACAAAAGCUGAAAACAGGAAGUACAAACCUACCAAAGUAAAAGCAGUAAUACUGGUUAUCACUGGAUGAAAGUACUUGGACACAGAAGGAGCCUUUUUUUGGAUUUGGAAUGCCAACGGUUACAUUCAGUACAUAUAAAAUCGAAUGUACUGGAAAACAAUAUGUGCGUGAAACAAAGUGCAUUUUGGGUGCUAGCGUGAGAUGCUAACAGCUAGUCUACGUCUUGACUUGCUGCUGCUCGUGAAAUAGAAGGACUCCGAGGGGGGGUGGGUCCUAUAAAAACCCUCAGACGCUGUCUUUCGAGUUCUGAAUGUUAAACAUUCUGUCAGGCAAAAUCAACCGCUUGCAUUAUAAAAACGGAACGCGUGUAACACAACGUGCACAGGGCGGCUAGUGCAAAAAGCUAAUGUAGCUAGUCUAGGCAAAUUUUCCUAAACUUUUUGGGACUUUGGAGGUUCUGCCACUGUACUUUAUUUUCAUUUUUAGGGUUGUUUUCUGGGAGGGAAGGUUGAGGGGGGUUGUUUCCUUUUUUUUUUUUUUUUUACAUCAGCGUAAACUCUAUGAAGAGGCCCAACGAAGUUAAAGAUCAACGAAAGGGACCUCAUUUUUGUGUUUGUUAUAUGGUGCAGGGUUGAGAAAAAGAGGUUAAGAGGAUUUCCAUUUGUUUGUUGGCAUUUAUAUCCUUCCAUUCCCGCACCGCAACAUCCAAAGGUGAAAGAAAGACGGAACAAAGGGCUGUUUGCAUGCAACAGGGAGAUGUAGCUCCACAAGAAGACUGCGUCGUCUGUGUAAUAAUUCUGAUUAUUCGUCGUUUUAUGUGUUCAAGCUAACGGAAUUGUACACACAAAAAAAGGGAUCUUCUCUUUCUGUCCUCUCUCUCUGUAUGCUUUUGUAUUACCACAUGAAAAUAAAGUAAAGGAUUCUUUAA